AUGUUCCAAGAAGACUGCUGCCUGCAGUGUGGCAAGCCCGUUCAGGUCGACGGCCGCAUAUACUGCUCAGACGAGUGCCAGAGCUUGGAUGCAACCUCCCCAUCCAUUUCCUCCGCCUCAUCCCCUUUCUCCUCCCCAAACCUCAAGGGCUAUCCCACGCCCGGCACGGCGGAUGUCCCUCCCCUCUUCCCCAACGCUCUCGGCUCUGCCCUUACCUCACACAAGUCCCGUCCGAACCGCUACUCCCUUUCAUCCUCAAAAUCGUCCCUCAUGUGGUACGAGGACGACGACAGCGACAGCCCCGCGAUAGCCGUCGAGGACGAGCCCGCCCCAGAGCACAACAUCCCCAUUCGCCACCAGGGCCUCUCCUACGCCCGUCGGCCCUCCACCACCAACAACCACUCCACCAUCCCUCUCCUCCACCGCCACCAUUCAUCCUCCGCUUCCGGUGGCCAAUCUCCCACAAGCGCCUUCGCCUCGAGCUUCACGUCAUCCGCCGCAGACGACUCCGCUAACCCUUAUCUCCGUCCGCCCUCACCCACCCUCCAUUCAUCCUCCUCGCCGAGCAAGACCAAGUCCCACCACCACCGUCACGGCUCGCACGACUCCAAAAUCGAGGGCACGCAGCAGGAAACGGUGACCUCAAAGCGCAAACGGAACCGCGCCUCCCUCCCCGCCUACUUCUCUCUCCUCUCCAUCGGCUCUCCUCCCGUUCGCCCCUCCACGUCCAUCACCACCUCUUCCUACUCCACCAUGCGUCCCUCACCCACCACACCCCGCAUCUCCAACCCUACCGUCGACUCUACCCACGCCAUCGCACUCUCCUCCCCGAACUAUACCACCACGCCACCCAUUUCUUCCGGUCCGGCCUCGGCUGGUGCCCGUCCUUCGUCGUUGCUCGCGAGUAUACAUACUACCUCUCGCGACGCACGGGAAGUCACCGUCGUCGAUGUCGACCCACCGCGUGGACGGGGCCGUCGUCGUGAACCGGGUUCAUCACGCCACCGCACCUCGAGUCGCUCCGACUCGCCUUCUCCAUCGCGGGAUCGCGCUCACUGGGCUCGCAAGACCGUCUCCCCGCCCGCGCGGAAGCAUGACGCGGUGGAUCUGGAUUCGAGGGGCAGGAGGAGACUGGCGGAGUUGGACGGCUGGGAGGGGGAUAGGGAGUAUGGGUUUGGCAGUGGGAGGAGUGGGUUGCGGGAUCGGCAACGCGAGAGGGAGAGGGGACGGGGCAGGGACCGCUAGGAGUUGAUGUCUCCGUCAACGAUAACUUUGUGCUGCUGCUGCUGCCUCCUCAUCUCUUCUACUCUUCCCUUUCCUGCGAAGACAAAUCUUGAAGGAGCUCCCUCAUCAAGCAAACUAUACAUAUCCAACUAUGUAAUGAACAGCGCGCGCGCUCGCUCGCUCUUCACCCACCACUCGCCCUAUUUAUUCGGCGUGCCCGCCCGCGUCGGAUGAGAGGGAUGGUUAUAUAUCCACUUGAUCGUGUUCUUUAUACCAUCUUUGGGCCCUUUCCUUUCUUCCUCUGGACGUUCUUCUUCUUUUUUUGGAGUUCGUUCGUCGAAGAUGUUUCACCCUCCCUCACUUGCCCUCAACGGGCGCAUCGACUCACGCACUUUCCCUCCUUCCUUCCUUCCUUCCGCACCUCGUCGUCCUCGUUUCAUCCAAAAAAAAUGGCGGUUUUCUCGCAUUUGUUAGUGGUACUCUAGCUUCAUACAAUCUAUUUAUUCCCUUUGUCCCUUUGUUCUUGCCAUUGUCAUUGCCAUUGUCGUAUAGACGCCGACGCCUUCGUUUCCCUCUUAUCCUCUCCGUUGUGUAUACCGUACUUACGAGGAUGAGGAUAUGCGUAUACAUCACUUUUGACUCGCUCGGUUUUUCGUGUUCGUGUUCGUGUUCGGUGUGUGCACCGUUUCGUUCUGCUCCGUUUCGGUUCGAUUCGAUUCGUUUUUCGUCUUCGUCUUCGUCCUCGUUUCGUUUCACUUCGUCGCAUGCUUGCAUCUUCUCAAUCUCAUUCGAAUCUAUCAUAAAGCAUACAACAUACAACAUAUAACAUACAACAUAUAACAUACAAACCACAAUCAAGGCUCGGUACGAGUACGAGUACGUAGCAUACAUCAUAACAACCAACAAAUCAUAUCGCAUUAUUUCGCAU